CCGAUUCGCUGAGGGAAGGCGCUGAGAUCGAGCUCGCAGGCCUGGGAAGCAGACCCUCCAGCAAGGAGUGGCGGCUCUUUCUUGGCUGGAGCCGUGCCUUCGCACGUGAGCGGCAUGCCUCCCCCCUGACAGCGCGCUCCAGCGCGCACCGUGGCGCUGGCUGCGGCCACGCUGCGCACGGUGAAGCUGCGGCCGCGGCCAAACUCGACAACCGCGUUCCACGACUCGCAGAGUAACUGCUCGCAGAUGACCUGGAACCGCCGCGGGGCAUUUACGAUACCCUACGUAGAGAAAGACAAUCUAUGUGUUUUCGGACGUUUGCGCCUAGGCAUUUUGCGAGUAGUUAGUGGAGCGCGCCCCGUGAAGAGCGGCCAAACUACGGCUGCGGCCUCGAGCGGCGAUCGCGGUACGACCCGCGCGCCGAGGCGGCCUGCGCAGCCCCCGCGCCCUCCGCGGGCGGCUGCAGCCUCUGGCUCCCGGCGCGGCGGCUGCCGUAAGACCCGCGGGCUGCCGGGGAAGGCGGCGCCUCCGGGCCCUCCGCGGCGGGCUGCAGCCCCUGGCUGCCCGCGGACUCGCUGCCUGCCUGCAGGCCCGCCAGCCUCGAGCGGCGGUCGCUGGGCCGCGCGGCGCCGGCACCCUCGGCCGCCGCGGCGGCUGCCUGGAGGCUCGGGCGGCCGGAGGCGGGCGGCAGCGUGCAGCCGGAGGGGAUCCUCCGCGGCGCCCCGCCGUCGUCGUCGUCGUCGUCGUCCGAGGAGCCCCCGGAACUCCGCAGCGGAGACACGUCGAGCACGGAGCUGCGGUAGGUCCUCCUGGCCUGGGGGGCGAGCCGCUGAGCAGCCUCCGAGGCCCGGAGGCCCGUCGGCCCGGUGACGGUCACCGUCGGCGGGUCGGGCGCCGGGCCCGGGGUGGACGGGCGCGAGGCGGAGCCCUGCGGGGGGCUGCCCUGGGCGGAGAGCCGGGCGGUGGCCGCGGCGAUGGCGAGGACGCCAAAGAGCAGCCCCGCGAGGGCCACGGCACCAGCGCCGGUUCCUGCCUUGGCCGCCUGGGGGUCCCUGGGGCUGCUCGUGCUCGAGGGGCUGGGGUCUGGGCUGCUGCUGGCUGCGGCAGGGCUGCUACUGGCUGCGGCAGAGGCGUUCGUCGUGCCGUUGGCAUCGCCGCCAAACAACCAUCCAACAAUCCCGAAGACGCCGUGCCGUGCCAUCCAACCAGUCGUUGUCGUUCCACUCGCCGAGGUGCCAUUGGCAACACCUGCGGCUGCCGCUGUGCCAUUGGCAGCCGUGCUAUUUGCCGUCAUCCCAGUCGCCGCGAUGCUGGUGGCGGCGCCUGUGGCCGUCACAGUGCCAUUAGCAGCCGUCCCAACCGGCGUCGUGCCAUUUGCGGUCGAUCCAAUCGCCGCCGUGCUGUUAGUAGCAAUGACGGGUGCUGACGUGGCGUUUGCAUCUGUGGCGCUGGUGCUGGUUCCAGUGGAGUUGGCGCCCGCGGUAAUGGCUGAAGCGGCGUUGGUGCUGGUAGCGUUCGUGCCCAUGGCGCUGGCGCCAACUGCAGCGUCCGUCGCAGCAACGCUGGCGGCCGGUUUCGUCACAGGCGCAGGCGCAGCGGCCGCCGGCACAGUGGAAGGCGCCGGCGCCACGACGGUGGCCGCCGCUGGUAACGCCACUGUGGCUGGGGCCGCAACGGCUGCCGCCGGCAGGGUGGCCGAGGCCGGUGCCACAAACGUAGCCGCAACUGUGGCAGGGACUGCUGCCCUGCCUGCAGCCUGAGUGGUGACCGGCACUGGCGCCAUGAUGGUAGCCGCCGCUGGUGAUGCCACUGCGGCGGGGGCCGCUACGGCUGCCACGGGCACUGUGGCCGAGGCUGGCACCACGGCGGUGGCCGCCGCUGGUGAUGCCACUGCGGCGGGAGCUGCAACGGCUGCCGUCGGCGCGGGGGCCGUCGCUGGCGCCAUGAUGGUGCCCGCCGCUGGUGACACCACCGCAGCUGGGGCCGCAACGCGGCUGCCGUCGGCGCGGGGGCCGUCGCUGGCGCCAUGAUGGUGCCCGCCGCUGGUGACACCACCGCAGCUGGGGCCGCAACGGCUGCCGUCGGCGCGGGGGCCGUCGCUGGCGCCAUGAUGGUGCCCGCCGCUGGUGACACCACCGCAGCUGGGGCCGCAACGGCUGCCGUCGGUGCGGGGGCCGUCGAUGGCGCCAUGAUGGUGCCCGCGGCUGGUGACGCCACUGCGGCAGGGGCCGCAACGGCUGCCGCUGGCACGGUGGCCGAAGCUGGCGCUACGGCGGUGGCCGCCGCUGGUGACGCCACUGCGGCGGGGGCCGCAACGGCUGCCAUCGGCGCGGUGGCCGUCGCUGGCGCCAUGAUGGUAGCCGCCGAUGGUGAAGCCACUGCAGCUGGGGCCGUUACGGCUGCCACUUGCGCGGCGGCCGAGUCUGGCGCCAUUGCGGUGCCCGCCGCUGGUGACACUACCACAGCUGGGGCUGCAACGGCUGCCGCCGGCGCGUUGGCUGGAGGCGGCGCCACGACGGUGGCCGCCGCUGGUGAAGCCAGCGCGGCAGGAGGUGCAACGGCUGCCGCUGACGCAGUGGCUGGCGCUGGAGCCACCACGGUGGCCGUCGAUGGUGGAGCGGCAAGAGCCGCAACGGCCGCCGCGGGCGCAGUGUCUGUAGGUCCAGGCUGCGCCGUCCUCACGGCUGCUGGCUCGCGAACCACGGCGCCAGACGCAGCGAACACUGCCGUCGUAGGAACCUGUACCGUCGCCGCCUUCGCUGCUGAAGCCGUCCCCGCAUCCUUGUUACCUGCGGUUUCUGCCGCUUCGGGAAGUUCCGCCAGACCAGCAAACAUGGAUAUGGGUGCCACUGCACUCGCAGCAGGCGCAGCCACGCCAGGUGCUACUGUAUACGAGGUGGCGGUGGUCCCAAGCACUGAAGCGAUGGCAGUGCCUGGCGCCGCGCCCAACUGCAGAUGCCCAUCAGGGGUAACAGCGGCCUCCAAGACAGAGGUGCCAGGUCGUCGCUCAGGUGGCAGGGGCUUCUGUGAGUCCAUAACUAUAUGCCCAUCGGCGGAAAUCGACGCCGCAACAUUUUGGUGCGUGCGCCUUGGUGCACUGCGGGGAAGGCCAUGUCGACCAUCGUCACCUAAUUGCCUUGGUCACGGCCUGGUCGGACAUCUGCAUAGAAGCUGACCUGGGCGGCGUUCUCCACCACGGUGUGGUAUGGAUACGCUGGCGCUCCCCCCGAUCCUCGCUCCGGACCAGGCGCCGCCGCUCUGGCCGCUCGAAGGCCGCAGCAGAGCCCGCCAGGAGGGCCGCGCACACGAGCGCUCUCCAAAGGCCGCCGCUACCCAUCCGCGUUUUCUUUUGGGGGGCCGCGUCAGCAGCCGUGCGGCGGCCACACAGGGCGCGCCUGCGGUUGGCUGGGAGCCAGCCCCGCGGCCUUG